AUGGCAGGAGAGCAGCCAAGGGCAGCAGCACCCGAGCCACAGGGGCCGCGGCUGGAGCAGGGAGCCACCAGCAGAAGUGCCCGCCCAGCACAUCCCACUGCCCAGAUGUCCUGCUAUGACCUGUGCCCACCCAGGACCAGCGCUGAGCUGUGCCCAGUGCCCAGGACCAGCGUGGCUGUGCCCCAGCCCAUCGCUGAGAGCUGCAACGAGCUGUGCGCCCGCCAGUGCCCCGACUCGUCUGCCUUCAUCCAGCCCCCACCCGUGGUGGUCACCUUCCCCGGCCCCAUCCUCAGCUCCUUCCCCCAGCAGGCCGUGGUGGGCUCCUCCGGAGCACCGGCCUUUGGCGGCUCCCUGGGGCUGGGCGGCCUCUAUGGCGCCGGCGCCACCCAGGCCUCGGGAGGCCUCUGCACCUUUGGCAGAGCCUACGCUGCUCCCGCCUGCAGCCCUUGCGCCCUGCCCCGCUACAGCAAGAAGCUCUGGGACACCUGCGGGCCCUGCUAG